AGAAAUCCAUUACUAUUCCAGGGCACCCACUGCAGAAUCAGUGAGAGCCUAAACAGCAGGCUUAAAAAAAAAAAAAACUGAUGAGAUGGCAGAGUUGGGAAAUGUGAGAGUGUGAGACUUUGGAGGGAACUGAAAACUUUAAAAGGAUUAACAAAGCAGCAGAAGUCUAUUUUACAUAAAAGACCACGCCAGCAACUCAACUGCUUACUGAUCAACAAAAAUUAUUGAGGGACCACAAUGGAUGUGCCAAUAACUUCAUUGCUGCUACUACUCUGCUCUCUUGGUGCUGCUGUUUGGUCUUGCCCAAAUGGAUGCCUAUGUAAAGAAACAAAUGUCCUAUGCACUGGCCUCUCUGACUUCCCUACAGCGGUGCCGUCAUCUACCACCGUUAUCAACUUUCGUGAAUGUAAAUUCUACUCUCUUAAACCUGAGGAUCUCAAUGAUUUCUCAGAUAGUCUUAAAAAGUUUGUAAUUUUGGACACAUCUUUGAGGGAAAUCCACCCUGGCACAUUCAAUGACACGUUAAACAUUGAAUCUAUGGCAAUAUCUAAGACUGAAAUACAGGAUCUAUCUGAGAUGUUGUUCCAAAGUCUCCAAAAACUUCAGACUUUGAUUCUGAGAAGCAACAAGCUCUAUGCAAUUCAGCCAAGGUUGUUUUCCCAGUUAACAGAGCUACAACAACUUGACUUGGGCACGAAUGAAAUCACUCAUAUACCUGCGCAAAGCUUUCAUCGCCUAACAAAGCUGCAGUACUUAUCAAUUGCUGGGAAUAAUGUUACUCAAAUAUUCAGUGAGACAUUCAAGAGUCUUUCUGAAUUAAAAACCUUGCGCCUUAACAAAAACAAGCUUAAUGAAGUUCCUGUAGGGAGUCUGGAUGACCUUGUAAAUCUGGAGGAAUUAACUCUACAGGACAAUCUAAUCACUCAUCUCCACAGAGAUUUAUUUCUAAAAACUCUGAAGCUACAGAAAUUGUUUGUUUCCAACAACAGGCUGACAUCACUUCCGCAAGGAAUCUUCCUUAAUUUGCCUCUUCUUUCUCACAUUUCUCUGUAUGAGAACAAUCUAGAAAGUCUGAGUCCAGGGAUCUUCGGUCCAAUGGCCCUGCAGGAGCUGUGGCUGUAUGACAACAAACUGAGCCGUAUUGAUGACGACACCUUCAGGAACCUGACUCACUUACGUCUUCUGGUGCUCAGUCGAAACCACAUCAGCUUUGUAUCUGACGGCGCCUUUAGAGGUUUGACAAACCUUGGGGAGGUGUCACUGCACACCAAUCUACUUACAACUCUCCAAGCCAAGACGUUUGAACAUUUGUCCAGUCUGGUCAACAUAUCCUUGGAGCACAACUUCCUUGCCUCCCUUCCAUUGGGUUUCCUUGAGGGUCUAAACAACCUGGGAGAGAUAGACCUGCGAAACAACUCACUUUCUAACUUACCACAGUAUAGUCUAGAUGCACUAAGUAAAGCAAAGUAUGUCAUUUUACAGCAGAACCCCUGGAGAUGUGACAAAGCCAUUUCACCUCUGAGGGAUUGGCUCAGACAACACCCCUCUAAGGUUAACCAAACUCUUGUUUUAUGCGAGAGUCCUUCCAGCCUAAAAGGUGAGGUAAUUGCCUUGCUUACAGAUGAAAAUCUGAUGCCAUUAAGCCCUUCUGAAGCGCCUAGUUUGACCUCGACUGAGAGGAGAAGGAGACCCCAUACACAUCCACCCAAACGAAGCACUCCAUCGACGGGAAUAAAGACCACGCCAACCUCAGAACAGGAGAAUGUGACCAAGGGUGGAGAGGAAGAAAAUAAAAAGAGUUUUGAUAUUUCUGUAACUCUAAUUGCACUUGCAGUAGUUUCUACUGUCAUCAUCAGUUUAGUCAUCAUUGGUUGUGUUUGCUGGAAAGGAAACAGGAGAGGGAAUGAAAAUAUAAGCCAACGGAAUCGUAAUUCAGUGCUUUAGAUCAGAUCGCAAAACCAUGAUGCACAAUCAGAGACUUUUACAGCAAAAAUGUUGAAUUUUCAACAUGGUUUCUCAAAGAACGCAGAGUUGAUUGUAGAUCCUCAAAGGCGGCACUGUCAGUUUGUAUUUGUGUUUUGUUAUGUGAUUUAGAAAUUAUAAGAAAAAAAAUGUGUCAUCGUCUAACGGUAAAACGACAAAUUAUGUUGAGACAAACCUGCAGCUUCAUGUAAUAAUAUGAACCCAGUGUUUUUUCUGUACUUGGCAAUAAUUUGAUGCUGAUUUCUCAAAUAACAAUGGUUUUAGCAAACAGUUUAACUCUUGUUACAUAAUGGUGUUAAUCUGACUCCACUAUCUUAAGACCUUCUGUAUCCUGAAGAAAGAUGCAACUUUCUUCACUGUGUUACAAUCUGCUUCUCAAUAUUGUUACCAUGCUCAACCUUGUAAACCAUAUAGCAGUAAAAGGAUCAUCUUAAAGAACAACAAGAAAAAUAAUCUACACAAUAAAUCAGCCUGACUGAAAAAAGCUCUGUGUGUAACAGGCUUUGUUCAUUUUGUAGGAAAACAUUGUGUGUCAAAGUUUUCUAUGGUGAACUUUGUUCUGGACAAAAAGUGAAAGGAAAAAUGAAAGCUCAUAGAGAAUGAA